AUGAACAGACCAGAAGCUGUAUUGUUGGCACGUUUGCGGACUCAAGGGUGGACACUUCCUAAACACGUUUAUGAUAGCAUUCCAUGCAGUUCAAUGAGUCUGAAUAGUAGUGGAAUUAACUGCUUUAUUGGGGAUUUCGAAGACAGCAAUGAUGCAAAUGAAAGUAAUAAAGAAGAGGAGUAUAAUUAUUGCGAUAAUCCAGAAUGCAUGGUUAAUUCUGAUGAAUACCUUGUUAAUGAAACUGAAGAUUGUAAAGAAAAUUCAGACUUCCAAUCAACUCCACUCAUUAAAGAUGAUGCUGAAACAAAUAUAAGUGUAUCAUUUUCUCUGAAUGAAGUUUGUAAACAUGGUAAAUAUAAACGACGUGGUUUGGGUUGUUCAAUGAAACAUUUAGCUCCUCCGAAACCUUCUCGAUUAUUUUUACUUUCUCCACCUUCUUCACCUCCUGUUGGAUGGGAACCAAAACCAGAAUGUGAACCCGUUAUCAAUUAUGAACUUUUACAAGCCUUAGCCUCAUUGGCACCAGGUGAGGCAUUUGAAUUGCAUCCAUGUGAUCAAGUUAAGCAUCAUCCAAGUAUUGUGGUAACACCAUGUGAAACUGGUCCAAUGUAUGAUAAAGAUAUGAAAAAACUUCGAAUAAUACAAACUAAGUGCCCAGAUCGUAAGUGUUAA